UUUUGGUAAUGAACGCUUUCUGAGUAGCAUGGUCUUGUUGUUUUUAAACCCGUAAUUGGCCAUUUAUAACGUGCUUGUACGAGCUACAACACUAAACUGGCGACGAGGAUGGCCAACCUUCCUCCAUUUCCUUCGUUCAACAUCCAUGACAGCGGCGACACGUCAAAUUCUUCGUCAAAUUCAGCCGGCGUACGGUGGCGUAAGUGGACGGAAAAAUUAGACAAUUUAAUCUGUGCACUGGACAUUGAUAUUGACAAGCGCAAAAAGGCUCUCCUUCUGCAUUACUGUGGCGAAGAGUGUUUCGACAUAUAUGACUCGUUCACUGAUGAACAAAAAGGGGUAGGUUCUACUAAAACUGUACAGAAUGAAAACGGUGAUAACAUAGAAACCCCUGACGAAUAUGGAAAAUUGUGUUCCUCAUUCAAAAACUAUUUCACUCCGAAACAGAAUCUUACCUACGAAAUCUAUAAGUUUAGGCAGUCGAAACAAGAAUCUGGUGAGUCGAUCGACACCUUUUACACAAGGCUAAGAACCCUUGCAGCGACAUGUGAAUUUCACAACAAGGACACUGAGAUCCUUAACCAAGUUAUACAAGGAUGCACGUCUACACGCAUCAGACGUCGAGCUCUGCGAGAUAACUUUACUCUUGACAGACUUAUUGAAGAGGCUCGCGCAUUGGAGGUUUCCGAGGUUAGAGCGUCUGACAUGGAGGGACGGCAAGCAGCUAACGCUAACGCUAUCCACACUAUCCCUGGUGGUUCGCGUGGUUGUGGUGUAUCUUCGCGUGGUCGUGGUGUGUCUUCGCGUGGUCGUGGUGUGUCUUCGCGUGGUCGUGGUGUGUCUUCGAGUGGUCGUAGUGUAUCUUCACGAGGUCGUGGUUCCUACAACAACCCAUCCCAGGCAUCAAGAACUGGCACUGACUGUCGUAACUGUGGUGGCAAACAUGUAGACCGGAAGUGUCCGGCAUUUGGGAAGAAGUGUCAUCAUUGUGGCAAAUUAAAUCAUUUUCAAACAGUUUGCAGAUCAAGAUUACAACAUGUGAACUAUACAGAAGCCAGUACUUCAGAAGCUACACAAAAUAGUUCUAGUGAUGAAUCUGUAUUUAACCUUUGUUGUACAAAUUCUAGCAUACCCUCUGUUUGUGUUAAUAUUUUUAACAGUGAUGUUAAAUUUUUGAUUGAUACUGGUUCUAGUGUAAAUAUAAUGAAUGAAAAUAUUUACAAUAACAUGAGCAGCAAACCUUCUCUUCAACAGCCUGUACCAUUGAUUUUUGCAUACGGUGCAUCUCAACCUUUAGAUGUUAAGGGUUAUUUUAGAACAACCAUCAAUUAUAAGGGUAAAACAGUUACUGCUGACAUGUAUGUUGUAGGUAACACUGACUCUGGGCAGUCCAGCUGUCUCCUUGGGGCCAAAACUGCUCAAGCUCUGGAUAUUGUUCAGUUUGCAUUUUCUUCGUUUGCAGCUUCAAGUUCUAUUCCAGAUCAGUACCCUUCUCUGUUUGAUGGCAAGAUGGGCAAGAUAGAGGGCAUCUCUGUGAAACUGCACAUUGAUCAUGAUGUUCCCCCAGUGACACAGCGGCAUAGGCGAAUUCCAUUCCAUGUACGCAAAGAUGUUGAGGCUGAACUCAAGCGUCUUGAAGACCUUGAUGUUAUUGAGCCUAUUUCAGGUCCCACACCCUGGGUAAGCCCCGUUGUAGUUGUCCCCAAAAAGUCAAAAGGUGUUCGUGUUUGCAUUGACAUGCGUGAGGCUAACAAGGCUAUCUCUAGGGAGAAACACCCUAUGCCAACUGUGGAAGAACUUAUGUCAGAUUUGAAUAGUUCUACAGUAUUCAGCAAACUUGAUCUGUCCAACGCAUAUCACCAACUUGAACUUGAUGAGUCCAGCAGGUACAUCACUACUUUUGUCACUCAUGUUGGUUUACGGCGCUACAAACGUCUAUUGUUUGGUGUGAAUGCUGCAUCUGAAAUUUUCCAGAAGACGGUUGCAGACCUCCUUGCUGACAUCCCUGGUGCAAAGAACUUGGCAGACGACAUCAUUAUUCAUGGUAAAUCUCAGUCAGAUCAUGAUCGAGCACUUAGCCUUACAUUGGAGCGACUGAACAGAUGUGGUGCCAAACUCAACAGAGAUAAAUGUAUCUUUUCUGUAAACAAAAUCUCUUUCUUUGGCCAUGUUUUCAGCGAUACAGGUGUUUCGGCUGAUCCAGAAAAAAUUAAGGCUAUUGUAGGUCACUCAGCUCCUCAAAACCCAGCUGAAGUAAGAUCUUUCCUUGGCAUGACGCAGUAUGUUUCUCGAUACAUACCUCACUAUGCAACCAUGACUGAGCCACUCAGACGUCUCACUAGGCAAGAUGUUCCUUGGGAUUGGUCAAGUGAUGCCCAAAAUGCUUUUGAUAGUUUGCGAUCUGCUCUGUCUAGUACUAAGGUGAUGGCUUACUUUGACCAGAACAAGUCAACUGAGGUUCUUGUUGAUGCAUCCCCUGUUGGAGUCGGAGCGAUUCUCACUCAGGAAGGUAGAGUUAUAUGUUACGGAAGCCGUGCACUCACAGACGUGGAACAGCGAUAUUCACAAACAGAUCGUGAGAUGUUAGCUGUUGUUUAUGGUGUUGAGCACUUCCAUCUGUAUCUCUUUGCUUCUGAAUUCAAGGUGAUCACAGAUCACAAACCCCUUCUAGGUCUUGUGAACAGUCGUAAACCUGCUUCUGCGCGCAUUGAGAGAUGGCGUCUUCGGUUGAUGCCGUAUCAGUUCACACUCGAGUAUCGUCCAGGUAAAGAUGACCUGAAUCCUGCUGACUAUAUGAGCAGGCACCCAUUCACGAAGCCAAAACGUGAUAAUGCAGCUGAGGCUCAUGUUGCUUUCAUUGUCCAGAAGGCAGUACCGAAAGCUAUGUCCUUACAGGAGAUUCAAACCGCAACCAGAGAGGAUGCUACACUGCAGAAAGUUAUGACAGCCAUUCAGUCCGGCAACUGGUCUCACUCCGAUUGUACGUCCUUUGUCAGGUUUCGAGAUGAGUUUUCGAUAGUAGAUGGUGUUAUUUUGCGUGACCACCGCAUUGUUGUUCCCACUUCCUUGCAGCAGCAUGUUGUCGAAAUUGCUCACCAUACCCACCAAGGCAUGGUUAAGACAAAGCAACUAGUUAGGGAGAAGGUGUGGUUCCCCGGCAUUGAUAAGAUGGUUGAGGAUGCGGUUAGAUCUUGUAUCCCAUGUCAGGCUUCAUAUCCCGGUCCAAACAAACGAGAACCUAUCUGUCCUACAAAGCUUCCUUCUAAGCCAUGGGAAGAAGUUGCUGUUGACUUUGCAGGUCCUUUCCCAUCUGGCCAAUACUUGCUUGUUGUAAUGGAUGAACACAGCCGGUUCCCAGAAGUGGAGAUUGUUUAUUCGACAGCUGCCAGAGUUGUUGUACCUAGAUUGAAGUCUAUCUUUGCUCGACAAGGAUUUCCCUCUGUCCUGAAGUCAGACAAUGGUCCUCCAUUUCAGGGACAGGAAUUUGCAGAGUUUGCUUCUACCUGUGGGUUCAAACACCGAAGAAUUACUCCUCUUUGGCCUGAGGCCAACGGAACUGUAGAAAGGUUUAUGGCCACACUUAACAAGUUUGUUAGGGCUGCAGUUGCUGCGAACCGUGAUUGGAGAGAUGAACUUCAUGAUUUUCUCAUGCACUAUAGAGCAACUCCCCAUGCAUCCACUCAGAUAUCCCCCUUUGAAGCCCUUGUUGGGAGAAAGAUGAGUAUGGGACUACCUGAAAUCUCAAAGCCUGUCUAUCCUGUUUCUGUCUCUACUCGUUUGGCGAUAAAUGAUGCAAACAGUAAGCAAAAGAUGAAACAGUAUGCAGACAGCAGACGUCACACAAGUCCGUGUACAUUGAUAGCAGGUGAUCAGGUGCUGGUCAAACAGCGUAAGGUUGACAAACUUACACCUCCAUAUAACCCUGACCCUUACACAGUCAAAGAGAGACGUGGAAGCAUGGUUAUCGCUGAUAGGAAUGGUCAUACCAUUACUCGCAAUUCCUCACAUUUCAGACCUGUUAAUGCUAGUAUUCCUGAUCCUGAGGGUGAACCUGAAAGCAUUGUUGAAUGUCCAGUCCCUCAGUUACCUGACCUUGGUUCGAGUCAAUCUGAUUUGUCUCCUACAAUGACUCCUGUUCCCUUGCGCAGAAAUCCACCUAGAGCAGCGGGAAUGCCUAAGAGACUCUGUGAUUUUGAACUGACAUAGGUUAGCAGUGUCUGUUUUAUUCAAGAUCAUGGUAUUUGAAAAAUCAUUGGAAGUUUUGAUAUAAGUUUAAUUUUUGUUUAAAUUGUUAACAUUGUUAAAUGAUUGUUUUAUCAAUGUAAAAUAAUAAUCAUUUUACGCCAUGAUCAUUUAUAGGCAAUGACAAGCUAUUAAACUUAAGACAUUAGGAUUAAGUUAAUAACAUUAUAUUGUUGUAUAAUAAUUAAACAAAGUAUCAAAAGGAUUUCCCAUUAAGCAUAUGGCUGCUAAUGUUUAUUGUCUAGUCAAGUAAUCUUUGAUUAUAUGCCUGAACCAUGAGUGUAUGUUGAAUGUGAGUUGUUUAUUAUUACCAUUAUGACUUACCUCCCACAUAAAUACUUAUGCUUUGAACAAUUGUGUGAAACUUUAGAUUUCCUUGAUAUGUUUAAGUAAAGAAACUUUUAUCAGAGUUA